GUGUUAUGUUUGACGUUUCAGCCUCUGACUGCCUCUUGUGCAUUAUAUUAUAGUAAUUAUUGAUAUCGUGAGAUUACAAAUAUCGAAACAUUUCAAAAGGAAAUAAUUACAAAAAUCAUGCUUGUGUUGGUAUUAGGAGAUUUACACAUUCCACAUAGAUGUAGUAGCCUCCCAAGUAAAUUCAAGAAACUGCUAGUACCAGGAAGAAUACAGCAUAUCUUAUGCACUGGCAAUCUUUGUACAAAAGAGUCCUAUGAUUAUCUCAAGACAUUAGCUAGUGAUGUACAUGUAGUCAGAGGAGAUUUCGAUGAGAAUCUAAAUUAUCCAGAACAGAAAGUAGUUACUGUAGGCCAGUUUAGAAUAGGACUUUCCCAUGGGCAUCAAGUGGUUCCAUGGGGUGAUCCAGAAUCUUUAGCUUUGAUACAGAGACAAUUAGAUGUCGAUAUUCUCAUAUCCGGACACACACAUAAAUUUGAAGCCUAUGAGCAUGAAAAUAAAUUCUAUAUCAAUCCUGGAUCAGCUACUGGAGCUUACAAUCCUCUAGAUACGUCAGUUAUACCAUCAUUUGUAUUGAUGGACAUUCAAAGUUCAACGGUGGUUACGUAUGUGUAUCAAUUGGUCGGAGACGAAGUUAAAGUGGAAAGAAUUGAAUAUAAGAAAAGUUAGAACUAUCGGAAUUUCCAGAAUGUAUCUAUUAUAGAUUAUACCCCGAAAUUUAUUAAGAAUGCAAUUAUGUGCAUGAAUAUUCAACAUUUGUCAAAUACUUUUAAUCUGUCUCGGAUUAAUCAAUUAAUUAAUUAUUUAAACGUAAUUCGUAUUUUUGUUG